ACUUAAAAAACGCAUUCAGGGCGUGUCAAGGCGCGUCUUUUUACUGCACAGUUUUGAAUACUGCUGAAUAGGACCACGCUUAGAUCACUCAGAGGGCAAGAUGACUUCACACCUGUGGAUUUUACUUUUGGCAAGUAUUGUGGCAACAAGAGCGCAAGAAUUGGACCUCUCUGAUGCCCUUUUUGAUGAUGACAGCAAGCCCACUGCAAAGCCACCGGUGAAACCAACCCCUCCCAAAAACUCAAAUCCAAAUGGGUUUGACCUGUCAGAUGCAUUUGAUUUAGAACCCAAGAAACCUGAUGUUAAUCCUCCCAAAUCAAAAGAUGAUCCAAAGAAACCAACUGAAGAGGGCUUUGAUCUGUCUGAUGCUCUUGGUCCAGAUCUUGAGCCCAAAAAGCCUCUAGUCCCACCCAGAGAAGGAGGAGGAACUGGUGGUGGAUCUUUAGAUGACAACGACUUGUUUGAUUUGACCGAAGAUGGGAGUGAAUACAAGCCCGAUGGAGGCCGAAGUGGAGGGCGAGGCGCAGACCCUCAAAACGAUGGCGCCUCUGACCAUCCUCAAGAAGCUGGAGGCGGGGCUCUUGCUGCUAUCAUGAGUUCUGUUGGUGUUGCUAUCCUUGGUGCCGCUUCAAGUUACUUUGCAUAUCAGAAAAAGAAACUAUGUUUCAAAGUACAAGGAGGCGAAGACCCAGAGAGUGGCAAAAACCAACGUGGUGCUCAGUCUGAGCCUCAAGUUCUCAGCAACCUGCUUCGUUCAUCCUAACUGACCUCAGAUCUGCUCACUGAAAAAAUAUAUGCACCUUCAGCAUGUACAAACAUGGAGAGCUUAACCCUGCUCCAUGAAAAGAUCUGUUAUGUCAGAGGUUGGUUUUAAAGUUAACAUGUUCACAAUAGGGAUGCACCUACAGUAUAUGGAAAUUUUGGCAGGUACCGAUAACUGAUAUUUCAUUAUAUUUGGAGGAUGAUAGCCGAUAUAUUUGCAGAUAAAUCAAAAUCUGGAUAUAAAUUUACAUUCUGUGUGCCUGAUUACAAAAACAAAAGGCUCAGCUCAUAAAGCCAUAUCCAGAGCACUUCAGAUAAAAAUCAAACAUGUAAAGUGGAUAAUUGCUUUAAUUUUAAAACAACUUCAAAUGCAGAGAACAAGGAGUCUGCAAGGAAACAUCUAAAUCUUUCUUUUCCCAUAACCAUUUACCAAAUGUAGCUUACUUUGAACCAGUUAAAUAAAGGAAUUUUACAUUCCUAUGGCCAACUUUCUUUCAUUGAAAAAAGUCUGUUGACUGCAAUUUAUAAUUAAUUUGAUGAGUGAGUGACUUUUAUAAAUACAGUGUAUUGCACUUAAUUCAAACCUGUCAAAAGACCACAAUAAGGAGUGCAUGCAGAAGGCACCAAUCAAUACCCUCAUGGUUAGCAGUGUGUGCCUGAAAAAGCCAUAAUUUAUCUGCUUUAAUAUAUCGGCCUAAUUUUCUUAUUGGACUGAUAACUGAUAACUUAAAAAAUUCAGAUUUAUCGGCCGAUAGAGAUAUGGCCACCAAUAUGUCGUGCAUCCCUAGUUCACAAUCUUUUUUUUUUUUUCACUUUAAAUUCAAAUAUCUAAGUUGUAUUAAUGAUGUUUUUUAAGAAUGUAUUUUUCUCUUUUAAAAUUGGUGUUUGUGUUGAUUUAUUUUUUGACAACUAGUUGCUUUAUUUCUGGAGGUGGCUGAGGAAUAAGCCAUUAAAUAGAUUGUAGUAUUCUCCAAUUAGUGCAAAAGAUACAACACUUUAAAUUAAGGAAAUUGUUACUAUUUUUGCAGAAGUACAGCAAGUUGCACGAGGCACUUGUGUAAAGCGUAAACUGACCCAAAACGUUGUUGUUGUUUAACAGCAUCAGUUGUGCUUUUGUUUGUUGCAUUUACUUUUCUUUAGCCAUUUGUUGAAUGAAAAUGUUUUACAUGUGCAUUUUUAUUGGUUACUGGAGACAGAUUAAAUUGCAGAAGACAAACAUACUCUGUAUAAUCUGUAUCAGUGGUGUGUGGUGGACUUCUGAAAUGAGGAGGCAGAGUUUUUUUGUUGUUUUUUUUGUCCAAUGUAAAUUCAUAUUUCAGUUACAUUUGACAUUUACUUGGUUUUCAGGUUGAAUCCAUUCAUAAAUCUGAUAUAUUACAAUAUGUAAAACACAUAAGCCUAUCAUUUGUAUGUUCAUGUAUGGUUUUCACUGAUAAAAAAAAAUAAAAAGUCACAUACUUGCAUAUGCAACAACAUAUUUAUCAAAGUACUGCAAGAACGGCUGCUUUCAUGUAUGUAACAUAUUUUUCCAAAUAAAAGUGGAAUUUGAAUAUGUAUAGCCAAUGUCCAAAUAUAUGAAAUAUGGUUUUAUAUUUACAUUCAUGGCCAUAUAUCAGAUUUUUGUAUGGAAAGGUAUAUUAAAUACCUUAAACACUGUUUAGAAGUAUACUAUAAAAUCUAUUAUGUUCAUAUUGUGCAUAUAAACAAACUAUUUAAGUCAUCAGAGACUCAUUAGUUUUUAUUGUAAUUAGUUUUUACAUAGCCUCAAAAAUAAUACCUACAACAAUACAGCAAUGGGCAUGUUUCAUGUAUUUUUUAUCUGUUCGCUUAUUAUUUUUUAUAGUCACCUUAUUUUUGGAUCAGACAUCUACUCCACUGUAAUGAUGGCAUGGAGCUGUAUCUUUAAGAGUGAGUGCUCACACACACACACACACAAAAAAAAAAAAAAAAAAAACGG